AUGGCACCAAGAAAACGCAAGGCUGAGGAAUCUGCAAUGGCUUUGGCGACUCCGGGAAGAGUAACUCGCUCGGCAACGAGAAAAACUCGUUCGUCGGUGAAGAGAUCGCGAUCCGAUUUAGUCGAGUUACCAGAUCGGAGAAAGUUGUCGAGCAAGACGAAGAAGAGGGUUAAAAAAGCUGAAGGUAAUGAAGCUUCUGCGGCUGCAGGCGAGAAAGCGGAAGGAGAAACUUCCAAGAAUGAUCCAGGAUCUUCUGCAGUUGAUGAUGAGAAAGCGGAAGGAGAAACUUCCAAGAACGUUCCGGAACCGUCUGCCGCCGAUGGUGAGAAAGCGGAAGGAGGAACUUUCAAGAAAGAUCCAGAACCUUCUACCGCUGAAGGUGAGAAAGCCGAGGGAGGAACUUCCAAGAACGUUACAGAAGCUUGUGCGGUUGAAGAAGUGAAUGCGGAAGUAGAAUCAUGCAAAAAUGAUCCAGAAACUUUUGCGGUUGAUGAAAUGAAGGCGGAAGUUGAAUCAUGCAAAAACGAUCUAGAAGCUUCUGCUGCUGUUGAAGAAGUGAAAGCGGAAGUAGAAUCAUGCAAAAAUGAUCCAGAAACUUCUGCGGUUGAUGAAAUGAAAGCGGAAGUGGAAUCAUGCAAAAACGACCUAGAAGCUUCCGCGGUUGAAGAAGUGAAAACCGAAGUAGAAUCAUACAAAAACGAUCUAGAAGCUUCUGCGGCUGUGAGUGAGAAAGCGGAAGUAGAAAUCGCGAAGAAUGUUCCAGAAGCUUAUGCACCUGAAGAAGAGUCAGCGGAAGGAGAAACCUCCAAGAACGUUUUGGAAAUUUCUGCAUCUGAAGGAGUCAAAGCAGAAGGUGAUACCUCCAAGAAUGUUCUAGAAAUUUCUGCGUCUGAAGGAGUGAAAGCGGAAGCGGAAGGAGAAACCUCCAAUAGUGUUCUAGAAAUUUCUGCCACUGAAGGAGUGAAAGCGGAGGGAGAUACAUCUAAAAAUGUUGCAGAAGCAUCUGUGACUGAAAGUGAGAAAGCCGAAGGAGAAGCAUCUAAGAAAGUUCCAGAAGCUUUUUCUGCUGAAAAAGUAACAUCUAAUAAAGUUCCAGAAACUUCUGUGACUGAAAGUGACAAAGUGGAAGCAGAAGCCUCAAAGAAUGUUCCGGAAGCUUUUGCAGCUGAAAAAGAAUCAUUCCAGAACGUUGUAGAAGCUUUGUUUGAAUACGAUGGGGAUGGGAAUGAACCUAACCCUGCUUUGGGGGUAUUGGAAGAGAAAAUGGAAGAUUUCAGGAAGGACGCCAAUUUGAAGCUGUAG